AUGACUUCCAUGAAGAACAGCUCUCAAUCAACUGCCUCUAAGGCUAGUAGCUCCAAAUUCUCUAUUGAAGUUGAUGGAAUUCUUGGUGUUACCUUUGAAAGUUUCGGAGCUGUUACAAGGAGCAAGGCUGCUACACUAGGACAAAAAGCACUUCAAGUGUCAUCCGCAUCAACUCCUAUUUUUGGGUCUUUGACUCCAAAAGGAGCAAGUUCCUCCAUAAAUGCUUUAGAAGGAGGAAGAUGUGUUGCUGAAAAGAUCAAGAAGAUAUUGGCUCUACUUGAGAAAUCUGGUUCCAAGACUAGGCAAGCACAUGAAGGCCUAGUUUGUUGUAAAGAGGAACUCAAGGCAAAAGCUCAAAUUGUAGUGUACACCAAGGAGCUUCAGGAAGAUGAAGGCUCCUCAUAUCAUGUUACGAUCCGAAAUGAGCACGAUGCCUUGCCUAAAAUGAAGUUUGAUGAAGAGUUGGAAGAUAUUGUUUGUUGUUGUCAUAUAUCUGUCAAUGACAAUGAGCCUUUAGAAGAAGAAGAUGCUAGAGAUGGUCCACCAGAACUUGAAAAAGGAGUGAAGACCACAAUAGAUCCUUUAAAGGAAGUUAACCUUGGCACUGAUAAAGACCCAAGGCCAACUUACUUGAGUGCCUUUCUAGAAGUUGAUGAAGAAAUUGCUUAUAUGAAUAUACUCAAGGAAUAUAGGGAUGUCUUCAUUUGGAGUUAUAAAGAAAUGCCUGGCUUGAACCCUAAAGUAACAGUCCAUCAAUUGGCAAUCAAAAAUGGUUCUCGUCUAAUUAAGCAAGCUCAAAGACGUUUUAGGCCAGACUUAGUUCCGUUUAUAGAAAAUGAAGUUAACAAAAUCAUUAAGGCAGGCUUUAUUCGUGAGGUCAAAUAUCCUACAUGGAUUUCAAGUAUUGUUCCUGUGAGGAAGAAGAAUGGUCCUAAAGAUGAGUUCGCUCUUUCCAUUCUGAAACUAAUGAUCGAGGCCACUACUGGUUAUGAGGUGAUUCCUUUCAUGAAUGGUUCUUCCAGCUAUAAUCAAAUCCGCAUGGCACCAAAAGAUGAAGAACUCACCGCAUUUUGCACACCUAAGGAGAAACCUCCAGUUUUGGCCGUCCAUAUACCUGGAAAGCCAUUGAUACUCUACAUUGCAGCACAAGAAAGCUGGAAGGGACAAGCAUUAGCAGAUAUCUUGGCAAACCAUCCGAUACCAGAUGAUUGGGAGUUAACUGAUGACCUUUCUGAUGAAGAUGUGAUGUCUAUUGAAAUUCAACUUCCUUGGAAAAUAUAUUUUGAUGGGACUGCACAUCGUGGUGGAAGUGGCGCUUGCGUGUUGGUGAUCAAUCAACUCUUGGGAAGUUGUGAAGUGAAGAAGCCCGAAUUGCCUCCUUAUCAUGAUUAUGCUCAAAAGUUGAUAGGAUGGCUUAGAGAUGUAACCCUUCAACAUGUGCAUAGAACGGAAAAUAAGAAAGUUGAUGCAUUGGCUUCUCUAGCUUCAACGCUAUCCCAUCCUGAUCAGGCGCAAUCGCGGACGAAGAUUGGAGACAACCCAUUAUUGACUACAUGUGUUAUGGGAUACUUCCGGAAAAUCCAAGGAGAAGGACUAACAUUCGCCGUCGUGCACCUCACUUCCUUUACUACAAGGACAUUAUAUAGAAGAUCAUUUGAGGGAGUACUCUUACGUUGUUUAGGAGAGGAAGAAGCAGUCCAAGCUCUGCAAGAAGCACACUCGGGAAUGUGUGGAUCACAUCAAUCUGGACCGAAGCUCCACUUUCACAUAAAGAGGAUGGGGUAUUAUUGGGCAACCAUGGUGAAGGAUUUCUUAUAUUAUGCUCGAAGGUGCAAUGCUUGCCAAUUUCAUGCAAAUUUCAUACAUCAGUCGCCCAAAGUAUUACACCCAACUAUUGCAUCUUGGCCAUUUGACGCUUGGGGAUUGGAUAUUGUGGGACCACUACCAAAAUCUUUUAGUGGACAGUUGUAUAUCUUGGCUGCAAUAAAUUACUUCUCAAAAUGGGCUGAAGCUGUCGCUCUUAAAGAUGUGAAGAAAGAGAAUAUUGCAAAUUUUAUUCGAGUGAAUAGCAUAUAUCGCUUUGGUAUCCCUCGCUAG